AUGAAGCUCAGCCUAAUCUUCCUUGGACUUUUCGUCGCUUGCGCCAGUGCCUUUGCACCCGCCCCCGUUGCACAAACUGGUGUGAGCUUGAGAUCGAGCAUGGCCAAUCAAAACGACUCUGUUGGAAACAAUAUUGCCGUCAAGAACCUUUUGAUGGAUGUCGAAGCUUCUGGUCUUUUGUCGAAGGUUGCCCAAUCUGGACUUCUUUCCAAGGCCCAAGAAGCAGGAAUUUCGCUGUCCAAGUUGGAACCCCUUCUUGCUCUUGCCGCCGAGAACAAGGAAAUCUUGAUCCUCGUCGAAGCCGCCACCCCAGAGCUUCUUCCUUUGCUUCCAAAGAUUGUUGACGUCGCCCCAGGUGCUUUGCCACUUUUGGCCGCUGCCAUUUCCGUCCCUCCAGCCCUUCUUUCCGUUGUUGGAUUGGGAUCCCUUGCCGCCGCCGUUGGAGCUGUCGUUGUCAUCCCCGACGACACUGUUACCCAAAUUGCCGCACAAACUCUUGCCUUUGGUGCUUUGGGUGCUGCCGGUGCCGCUUCUUUGGCCGGAUCUGCCAUCAUUGGCAAGCUUACCAACUAA